AGCACCUUUGAAGAGAAAGAAACAUUGACUGAGGGGGCGACCUCCUCAAGACCGAUCAGUCAUAAUGGCUGGCCGUCAAAGCUCGGUUGUGAUAUUGAUGUUUACAGUGGCAAAAUUAUUAUUUCAGGGCGCAAAUGCAGCUACAAAGUACACAGUUGGAGACAGUUUGGGAUGGACACUCCCUCCCAACAAUUCACUUGGGUACUAUGGCGACUGGGCUAACAACAAGACAUUUCUGUUAGGAGACUACCUCGUGUUCAACUGGACUGGGACACAUACUGUAACUGAAGUAGACAAUGAAGAUGAAUAUAAUAACUGCACAAAGACAGGAAUAGUGAUCGUAACAAGAGGAGGAGUCAUUGUCCCUCUUAGUGCAAAUGGGACUCGCUAUUUCGUGUGCUCUGUUGGAAACCACUGCGAACAAGGUAUGAAGGUGGCAAUCAAAGUUGGAAAUGGAAUAUCACCGCCGCCACUGCUUCCCUCUGCAGCUCCAUCCCUCACCGUUGGUUCCUUGUUGGCUGUUGUUCCCUACUUCUUUCUCAUCUUCUUAUUUAGUUACAUGUAAAGCCUUCUUGGUGUACUAGAUAAUUUAACAUUCAUUACAGGGAUUGGAUUAAUUCGUUUCUUGUAAUUGAAAAAUCUGUAACUUUUCUUGUAAUUGAAAAAUCUGUAACUAUGUGAUUGG